AACCCAGCAUGCAUCUCGCGGUCGCCAUUAUUGUUGUGCUCCGAGAAAAUCGAGUUUCAGAUUGCGGAGGAAAAUUGAUUUGUUUUUAUUUAUCCAACAUUUGUGCAUCUUUUGCUUCAGAUAUUUGCAAUCUCACUUGUGUUGACGUAACAUUUAAGAAAGAAUAAAGCAACAUGGCUCAAUACAAAGGAGCCGCCAGCGAGGCUGGAAGAGCAAUGCAGCUGAUGAAAAAACGAGAAAAGGAGAGAGAACAACUUGAACAACUGAAACAGAGGAUCGCAGAGGACAAUAUGGUCAAGUCCAACAUCGACAAGAAGUUCUCAGCUCACUAUGACGCUGUGGAGGCAGAGUUGAAGUCCAGCACAGUUGGUUUGGUGACAUUGAAUGACAUGAAAGCCAAGCAGGAGGCUCUUGUGAAGGAGCGUGAGAAGCAGCUGGCCAAGAAGGAGCAAUCCAAGGAGCUCCAGCUCAAGCUUGAGAAGCAGAAGGAAAAAAAGAGAAAAGAAGAACAGAAAAGAAAAAUUGCCAGUUUAUCAUUUAAUCCUGAAAAUGACGGUGACGAUGACAAUGAAGAAGAGGAGGAUGAAAAGGAAGAGGAGGAGGAAGAAGAAGAGGAGGAGGAGGAGCAGGAGUAUGUCCCCGUAAAGAAGAAGAAGCUAGGAAAAAAUCCAGACGUGGACACAAGUUUCCUUCCUGAUCGUGACCGAGAGGAGGAGGAGAAUCGACUCAGAGAGGAGUUAAGGCAGGAGUGGGAGCUCAAGCAAGAAAAAAUCAAGAGCGAGGAGAUUGAGAUUACGUUCAGUUACUGGGAUGGAUCUGGCCAUCGCAAGACAGUCAAGAUGAAGAAAGGAAACACUAUGCAGAACUUUCUGCAGAGGGCCCUGGAAGUCCUAAGGAAGGACUUCAGUGAGCUCAGGUCUGCUGGAGUUGAGCAGCUGAUGUAUAUUAAAGAGGAUCUGAUCAUCCCGCAUCACCACAGCUUUUACGACUUCAUCGUGACAAAAGCCAGGGGCAAAUCAGGACCACUCUUCAGCUUUGAUGUCCAUGAUGAUAUCCGUCUGGUCAAUGACGCCACUGUAGAGAAAGAUGAGUCUCACGCAGGUAAAGUAGUGCUGAGGAGCUGGUACGAGAAGAACAAGCACAUCUUCCCCGCUAGCCGCUGGGAGCCGUACGACCCUGAGAAGAAAUGGGACAAGUAUACGAUCCGGUGAAGCUGCAGUGACCUUCUGUAUUAUAGCCUAUCCCUCCUGCGCCCUUUUAGAAUUGAUCACAAUUACCCCAAAGUGACCUCAAACAUUCAUUGUAUCCCAUGUAAACUCACAUAUGUAAAUAUUGCUGAUUAAAUUCAACCUGUAAAAGA